AUGGUCAAUAAAAUUACUGUUGAAAGCCUUACAUAUGAACAACUUGCUAAAGUGUUUGAUCAUGCUAUUCUGAAACCUGAACAGACCAAACAAGAUGUGGUGACUGGUUGUGAACUGGCCAAAGCGUACGAUUGCAAGUCAGUAUGUGUGAAGCCGUGUGAUGUCAAGCAAGCCAGCGCGUUGUUAGCUGGUAGCCGAGUUCUUGUAGGUACAGUGAUUUCGUUCCCUCAUGGUAAUUCGCCCACAUCUGCCAAGGUGGCGGAAGCAGUACAAACAGUGUUGGAUGGUGCUAUUGAACUGGAUGUGGUGAUCAAUAUUGGACUUCUUAAAUCCGGACAAGUUCAAGAAUGUCAAGAUGAAAUCAAGGCUGUGAUUGAUGCAUGCCAUGCCAAGAAUCCUAAUGUGGUGUUCAAGAUCAUCUUUGAAAACGCCUAUUUGACCAAGGAUGAAAUCAAACAAGCCUGUCAAUUGUCCGUCGCUGCCGGUGCUCAUUUUGUCAAGACCAGUACCGGAUUUGCUUCUAGUGGUGCUACUUUGGAUGAUAUUGCUCUCAUGCGCGCCAAUGUCCCUGAUCAUAUCGAAGUCAAGGCUUCUGGUGGUAUCAAGACUUUGGAUCAAGUCGUCGCUCUGUUGAAUCAAGGCGCUACCCGUUGUGGUUCUUCUUCUACUGAUAAGAUUUUGGAUGAAUUCAAACAACGUCGUGGACUUUAG